AUGAAAGCCGUCCCGAGCCCUGUCUCGGCAAGCAAGGCAGCGGGGUCCCAUGCACGAGCACGGCCUCACCUCGCAACAGUCACCAAUGCAAGUGUGACAGGGGCUGUCACAGGUCACGCUCGCCGCCAAAUUGCCAGUGUCGACUCGGCCCACACUCCUCGGCUUGCCCUGGCUCAUGGACACCACCGCGCAGCCCAGCACACACGGCGCAUCUCGGGCUCGCAACGCUGUUUGCACAUGAUCAGCGCCCAAGUCAACAAACCCAACCAUCAGACCAAGGUCGGCAUGUGGCUCGCCCAUGUCGAUGCCUGUCGUGCGGCGCCGCAGCCGUGCCCAAGUCCGAAACUGAACGACACAUCUCCCAACACAGUUUCGCCCGAGACGACUCAGAUUAUGUCGAGACUCACUUUGCCACGAAUGCCUCUUGCGGAUAUCACGCCUCUCGUCUUGGCUGCCGAAAGUAGCUCCGAGUCCAGCUUCUGGUCGUUCGACGAAGCACAAGUGCAACUGGCCUCGCCGCCUCGGAGCCGUCGUCAUGCUCCGGACCUCACCAGAGCCAUCGACCUGCUUACCCCGGACGAGGCAAGGCGGUUGCUGCUCCUAUCUGCGCAGUCCAACACGUCCGUGGCCACCGCCAUCCGGGAAAUUGCCUUGGUCCGGGCCGAACCAUCCAUGUCACCGAAGCAACUUGAGCUCAACGAGAGCUACGUAGCCGACACCUUCAGGUUUGACGAUCCGCGGGUCUUUGGCGGCGCCUGA